CAUUCCGCCAGUGAAUACCCGCGGGUAGCUAACGGCAGCUAACAGACACGCAUCAGUAAGUUCAUAUCACCUGUUAGCAGAAUGUUGGGUCGCUUCCUCAUCUUCAUAGCUUCGCUAGCAGCCAACACGUGUCUUGACGACGUCCACCUGAAAGACAGAAGUGCUGCUGUCUCUUAGUGUCACUCUGAACACGGUAGUUCCGACGCUACGUGUCAGUGAACUAAUCUGGAAGAGAGGGCUGUGACAAAAUGGAAGGCUCGGGUAGCUAGCUGAACGUGAGCUGUUCGCUAUCACGCCAGCCGAGGCAGACUCUCACUAAACACUGCCGCGCGUGAGCUGCUUCACGUCAGCUUUACGUCGACGACCGGUCGGUUUGCGGCACGUCGACUCCACGGAGUUUAAAUAGGCAAACUUCGCUCUGCCUCACAGCUCCUGUGACUCGUCUCAUUACCGGGGCGUCCUAAUUACGACCCAUUACAGCCCAGCGAGAGCUGGAAGUGACGGAGACACGUGUACAACGGCAUCACCACCACCGACUGCUCCCUCAAUGUGAGGCUCCACUGUGAAGGAUGGACGAGCUGUGUGUGGGAGGUGAAGCUGCUCCGAGCAGGCUGAACCGCUGGGUGGACCCGUCCUUCGCUGACUUGCCGGGUGAAAGCUUCGCUCUGCCCAGACGGAGAAAGGGCAGCCAGGCCGAGCCCAAGAGGCCCAGGAAGAGGAGGGGAGAGUCCGGCAGCUCAGACCCUCGCACGUCCCACACGCUGAGAGAGUCGGCCCACGGGGACCAGGAUGAGCCGUGGGUGGACAGAUACUCCCCGCGUUCGCAGGCCGAGCUCGCUGUCCACAAGAAGAAGAUAGAGGAAGUAGAGAACUGGAUGAGAGAGCACUUAAACGCAUCGAAGGGUGGCGUCUUGCUGCUGACGGGACCGUCGGGCUGCGGGAAGACCGCCACGAUCCAGGUUCUGUCUCUGGAGCUGGACGUCAGGGUUCAGGAGUGGACCAACCCGUCCAACACGGAGCCGUACAGCAGCAGUCGGCACGACUGGAGGACGAACGGCUCGUCCUGCAGCUCCCAGUUAGCCCCGUUCCAGGACUUCCUCCUCCGAGCGAACAAGUACAGCUGCCUGAAGAUGGUGGGGGACGGGGCGGCCGCAGACGGGAAGCUCAUCCUGGUGGAGGAUUUCCCAAACCAGUUCUACAGGCAGCCCGGCAGCCUGCACGACAUCCUGAGGCGCUUUGUGAAGACCAGCCGAUGUCCCCUGGUGUUCAUCGUGUCGGACAGUCUAAGCGGAGACAGCAGCUCGCGCUUCCUGUUCCCCAGAGAGAUCCAGGAGGAGCUGGACAUCAGCAGCAUCAGCUUUAACCCCGUGGCUCCAACCACAAUGAUGAAGGUCCUCACUCGAAUUUCAGCGGCGGAGGCAGGACAGAGCUGUGGGAGGAUGUGCGUCACAGACCAGGCGGUGUUGGAGACGCUGUGUUCAGGAAGCUCGGGAGAUAUUCGCAGCGCCAUCAACAGCCUCCAGUUCUCCUCGCUCCCAGACACGUCGUUGGAAAAGGGUCUGUGGAGGAUGAAGAAGGACAGACGUGCGGCUUUGCCUAGCAAAGCCGCUUCCAGAACAACCCAGAGGAGGAAGAAGUCCAAGCUGACGAAGGAGCCGGAGGAGGAGCAGGCCAUUGGAGGGAAGGAUGCUUCCCUGUUUCUGUUCAGAGCUCUGGGGAAGAUCCUGCACUGCAAACGAGAGAAACCUGAAGAUGGAGAAGCAGCUGCAUGUGCCCCUGGACCUGGUCUACCAUCUCACCUGUCCCAUCAUCACAGAGGAGCACUGCUUGUAGAACCUGAGUUGGUUGUUGAGCGUUCGCACAUGUCUGGAGAGUUCUUCAACCUGUACCUCCAUCAGAACUACCUGGACUUCUUCUCCGAGGUGGAGGACGUGGACCGGGCCAGCGAGUAUCUGUCUGACGCCGACCUCCUCACUUCUGAUUGGACGAGUCGCAGCACCAUGGGGCAGUACGGGUCUUCAGUGGCCACCAGGGGGCUCCUUCACUCCAACUCCCAACACGUCUCUGUUGGCUUCAGACCACUUCACAAACCCAACUGGCUGCUGGUCAACAAGAAGCACCGGGAGAACUGCUUGGCGGCCCAGUCCCUGUUCAGGAGCUUCUGUCUGACACCAGUCAGCCUGCAGACGGAGCUGCUGCCAUACCUGGCCAAACUCACCAACCCUAUGAGGAACCAAGCUCAGAUGGCGUUCAUCCAGGACGUGGGUCAGAUGUCACUGAGGAGGUUCCCCGGCAGAUUCAACCUGGAGGCUCUCACGGACAAAGAGCCGGCCCAGCUGGACAAAGACAGUGAGGAGGAAGAGGACUGUCAGGGUGGGGUGGAGGAGGGUCUGCCAGCCAGUCAGCCCCAACCUACCACAACCCAGGUCCUUCUGGGGGAGGAGGACUUGGUCAUAGAGGACUACAACAGUGACUAACACACUCAGCUCUGCCGUACUGUCACACAGUUACACUUUGUCAUUGUCAACUUUUUCUUGUUGUUUGGAUUUCUGGCUGUGUAUGGAGGGUGAUUUGUGCCACGAGCAGGAGAAUUUUGACUUUUUUUUUUUUCACGAUUGUAAGAUUGCAUUAUUCAAUUAUUCUCCACGUAGUUGUAACUGUACUCCGUAUUAUGUCGCAGACUGUGAUAAUAGCUCUGGUGUUACCAGUGUUUAUGCCUCAUUGAGGCGCCAUAUGUACUAGAAAUCUUUCAAACAAGCUUGUCUUGAAGAACCUGAAUUAAAUGUGAUUCCCCAGCUGGAAACAGGCUCCUAAUAAUAUGGAAGCACAGGGAUUCAAUUUAAUAAUCUCCCAAAAGUGUCCCUUACAGAAAUACUUCAACCCAAAAAUGAACAUUUGUAUAUCGCUUCCUAACUACGUGUUGCCUUGAAUUCUUGAAGGAAGCGUUGUUUUCCUCACAUGCCUUCACGACGAUCAAAGAAUCAAAGCUGCUCACUGCUUCACAAACGUACGCACCUCCUCUGAAACCUACUGAUGUAACGCUCGCGUCCGCACGAGUCCGGACCAAUGCAGUCUGUAAACCGUUGAUAUGAUUUUGCGUUGGUUAAAUGCAGCGCCUCCAAACUUUACUCCGGGUUUAUUUAAUUGUCCUUUUACCGUUGAGGUAUGGGACAGAAACGUUUUCUUCAAGAAUUCAAGGUAACACUGGGUCAAUGAUGAUAUACAGGUUAUCAUUGUGGAGGUGAGUAUUCCUUCAGCAGCUCAGUUGAAUUAUUGUCAGUAUUUAUUUGAUCCAAGUGCAUGUUCACCACUUGUUCUGUGUACCUCACAGAUCUUAGUUUUUGCCUAGUGACUGUUGGAUUUGUCCAGGAGGGAGCCCAGCCUUUUUAUUUGUUUCUGUUUGUGUGGAUGGAUAGACAGAAACAUACAUAUUACCAACAUGUGCUUAUUGAGAGAUGUACGUUUUUUAAAUCUGAAUAAGCAAGUGAAUAAAACAGUGUGAAAAGCGGA